AUGUUUUGCGGAGCUGAGGAAAUACGUUGCAGAUCUUGUUGCGGAUCUUGUGAUAGAAGGCAAGAUUGCAAUGCUUGUAAAAAGAAGAAAGAUUGCAAUGCUUGUAACGAGAAGAAAGCUUGUGCUAAGAUAUUUCGUAUUAUUAAAUGGACUAUAAGAAUAAUAUUUAUUGCGUCAUGGCUGAUUGUCUUAAUUAUUCUCUCUCAAGAGGUAGUUAAUGAUUUACCAACUACUUAUCAUAUUCGAAUGACAAGGCGAAUAACCAGCCUAAUUGUACCCUCUCUUUGGGAUGAUUUUGGAUUACCACCAAAAUACGAUUCACAAGCGCAUAUUUCAUCAAUUAUUUACCCAACAACUAGAAGUGAAACAUACUUUAUGUCGGCCAUAUCUGGAUUUAUGAUUGAUCCUUAUAAUUUCGUGGUUGAGACGCAGAAAGAACAGAGAAAUAAAAGUGCUUUGUCUGUUAUAUCAAAUGCAUUAGCUAUAGCUGGAACAUUUCUAACACUAGAUGUCUUAGAUCCACGAGGCCAUGGGGAUAUAUACGAUUCUUAUGCUUACAAAAUUCAAUAG